AUGGUACAAAGUCCAGAGAGUCACACAAGCAAAGUCAUUGCCGACGAUGCUGCAAUGACCCUGUACAUUGAAAGGCAUCCCACAUUCUCGCUCGAGGGUAGGUGUUCAGUUGAGCAGCGUAUCGUGCUUGAAGAUCUGACCUCAUUUGAAUUCUCAGAAACUUGGAACGUGUACUUCAUCAGGCAUCGCGAAAAAUCAGGUUUCCAUAACCAUGGCUUUUCGUUAUCUAUGGUUGGCGGUCUCCUGCACAGCUCUAUCGUCUGCUGUAGCGAGUAUCUUACCUGGAUCAGGGUGCGACUUCACUGGUAUAGACGUGGAAGGCGCUAUUGCGACACUCGUCGCCAAGCUUCCAGAUGACGUGGUGAUUGGCCCCGAAGAAUUUUAUCCGGCCUUUGCUGGUUUUGAAAUAAGCGCAUUCAAUGCGAGUGGAUUCCACAAGUUGAAACAGUAUGGACCUGCGAUCCCGUAUUGCGUCAACGGCACCCGCAAGGUGCAAGUAGAGUUCCUCAACGCAGGUGACGUCGUGCUGGCAAUGCCCUGGAGACACUGUUCUGGACUUCAAGGCACAUUUAGUCUACGUUCCACGCUAUCUCGUUUCACGAUGCAGUUACACAUUGGACUCGGUGAGAGAGAUAACGACAUCAAGCUUUCCUACCAUGGACCGGCCGUUCCUUUGACAACCGAGAAGAUCGAGAUCAACGUGGACGGCGCCGGGCCAAACGCAAAAGCAGUGGCCGGAAUCCUCGCCAUGGUGUUUCCCGGAGUAACUAAGGAGUUAUGGAAUGAGCAGUUUUUUUACCCACUAAGCCAAGCUUUUGAUCAAGCCUUUCAUUAGAUGUGUAUUUAGGAAUGAAGGCUGCAUGCUACUAUAAUUUCAUGAACUACAGCACGUACACUGUGACACUGCGGGAACACGCAGUGGCAUGGGUGAACAAAAUUGCACCCAAUUCUCAGCUUCGGGAGAACACUCAUGAAAUAAAGCACUGGAUGUUUCGCAAUUGUCA